UUUAAUAAACAAAUAAUAAAAAUGUUGGAGCCAACUGUUCAAGCAUUAUUGACACGUAGAGUUGUGCUGGCAAGUGGUUCACCAAGACGUCAUGAAAUCAUCAAAAAUUUGGGAAUAAAUGCAGAGUGUAUUGUAUCAAACUAUGAUGAAAAUUUGGAUAGAAAAAAAUAUAAAAAUCAUGGUGAAUACGUUGCAGAUUUGGCAUUUUAUAAAGUUCAAGAAGUAUAUAAUCGUUUGAAGAAUAAUCCAAAAGAAAAAGAGCCAUCACUUGUAAUUGGUGCUGAUACUUUGGUAACACUUGAUAAUACUAUUUAUGGAAAGCCAAAAGAUCCAGCUGAUGCUGUAAAAACACUGUCAUGUCUUGCUAAUAAAGAACACAUUGUUUUUACUGGUGUAUGUCUUAAAACUCCAAAUAAAGAAAUUAAAUUUUAUGAAAGUACCAAAGUUAAAUUUGGUGAUAUAUCAGAAGAGCAAAUAAAAGCAUAUGUUGCAACUGGUGAACCUCUGGACAAAGCAGGUAGCUAUGGGAUCCAAGGUGUUGGUGGAUGUUUAAUUGAAAAAAUUGAUGGUGAUUAUUACACUGUAAUGGGUUUACCUUUGUACUCUUUGAUAAGACACAUCAAUAAAUUAUACUCCAAUUAA